AUGGCCCAGGCCCCCGUCCGGGGCUUACAAGCCGACAUCAACAGGUUUCAAGGACCAAUAGUGACGAUCACGGUCGGACGCCGGGAGGAACGUUUUUAUGUCCACGAAUCACUUAUCUGCGCGUCUUCUCUUUUUUUCAACAGGGCCUUGUCAGGGCAGUGGAAGGAGUCCGAGGAACAUACUGUUGCACUCCCAGAAGAUGACCCGCGGAUAUUUGCUCUAUACACACACUGGCUUUACGCUGGCCAAAUCCCUGUCAUUGUUCCAUGUCCAACGAUGAAUGAAGCAGGAGUUAACAAUACCAGGGAGCAAUUUCAUCUUGCUAAGGCAUAUGUGCUCGGUGACAAGUUGCUCGAUGUCGAGUUUCAGAAUUCAACAAUCCAGGCUAUUGUCGAAAAAGCCGAUACAAAUGGAUUUUCCCGCUAUCCCGAUUCACGCUCGAUCAGUUAUGCCUACGACAACACGACCGAGUCCGCUAAAAUCCGCAAGCUCUUUGUGGAUAUCUAUGUGGAAAUUUUACCCAGAAAGCUCAACAAAGGAUUCCCAGAGGAAUUUCUCUAUUCGGUUGUUGAAGGUCUCAUGAAGAAAAGAUUGUCUCCUCCCAGGCCAAUUGAAGCGUCCAAUUAUUUUCUGGAUCCCUCGGGAAGUUGA